GAGUAUCUUCCUCGCGUUCUUGGACAGGAAUUCGAGACGAGAAUAGGGGACUACCCUGGUUACAGCAAGAGCACAGAUCCAUCAGUGGCAAACGAGUUUACCAGCUGUGCGUUCCGAUUUGGACACGGCAUGAUUCAGGAAUUCUACCCGUUCCUCAACGAACAAUUCCAAAGCGUCGGUGGAAUACCGUUCAACGAGGGCAUGUUCAAAAGUAUCCAUAUCAUAAAUAACGGAAUCGAUCCACUUCUUCGAGGACUUAUUACCCUACCGGCCAAAAUGCCUCAAAGGUUGACACCAGCGGUAACUGAAAGGAUCUUCGGAAACUCGGAUCUCGGCUCAAUAAACAUCCAAAGAGGAAGAGACCAUGGCGUGCCUGCGUUCACGCGCUGGAGAAAAUUCUGUGGACUACCUGAAAUCAAGGACUUUGAUGACCUCAGCAAAACCAUAUCGAAUCCAAUUGAUCCCGUGAAGGACUCGCUGGUAGGACCAACUUUGGCCUGCGUCAUUGGCGAGCAAUUCAAGCGGACGAGAAAUGGCGACAGGUCACAUUUUGCUCUUCACUUC